UCAAGCUCUCCAUGAUGGUGCUACCAACGGUCCCCGCGUACCACAACUGGUCCGUGGAGAAGAUCAGCAUGCGACUAGAGCACGCCUUUGUACCCUGCCUCAAGGUCAUCAAAGUAAGUAUACUAUUAACUAUAGAACUCCAUUUUACCUACUCUAGUUUAGAAGCAGCGAUGUGGCGUGAGAUCGGCAUCAAACUCUCCCUGAUGGUGCUACCAACGGUCCCCGCGUACCACAACUGGUCCGUGGAGAAGAUCAGCAUGCGACUAGAGCACGCCUUCGUACCCUGCCUCAAGGUCAUCAAAGUGUUCGUGGUGAACGAGCUGAUGGAGGAUAUAGUGCUGCUGGAUGGCAUUUGCCAGGACGCGGCCACCAGGGAAGUGUUCCAACCGCCUUGCUACAUACCAAGGACAGUCCAUCGCCUAAUAUUCCCGAAGUCUUCCCAGCUGGUGGUGAGCAGCGCAUGUCCAGAAACCAAGCUGCUGCUGGUGCCAGCCAAGGACACAGACGAGCUGGAGAUCAUGGAAGACGAACUCGACGAUAUGCAGUGCGAGCUGAUAUCAAACGCAUCAUCCCGCUGCCUGUACCACAAGUCUGUCAGGAAGCUGUCGAACAACGACAGUCGGCAGAAGAUCGGUGCGAGGCGGAAGCGCAAGCGUGGCGGCGGCGUGCGACGCGUCAACAUCAGAGAGUCUGUGUGGAGCCGCCCGUAUGCGUCUACGCACAAUACAAGUGAAAAGGAACUUAAAGAAAUCAGUUCUAAAUACUUCAAGCCCGGCAUGGACAGUGUUCAGCCUGAUAAACGCGAGCUGUCCCGAGUCAAAAUGUACGAUCCGGUGGAAAAAGCUCGUGAACGGGAAGACAGCGAAGUGGAGCUAGAAGUGAAGAGCACAGAUAUUUAACACAAUCGGACGUAAAAAGUCGGUAAAGGAUGUAAGCUUUCGUCGGAUCGGCGAUGCGACUUGAAGCCAAGAUCGCAGAAGAAUUUCUUAUUUAUAGGCAUACCUUCUACCCCUUACUUAUAAAACUUACAAAGCGUUUGUUAAAUUUUGUCUCUUUCUAACAAACACAAGUGUCAAAAUGAUAGAUACGGACAAACGAUUAUGAACGGUUAGUGUUGACAAACGUUCACAUUUGACUCAGAUGGAUAGUGAGAAGUUACCUAUUAUGGUUAACUACAAAGUGGUUGAAGGUUUAGUUCAGCUAUGCGCGUCUGUUUUUUAUGCCCAGUAAGUAAAAUUCCAUGUUUGAACUAGAAUUAGUCUGAAGUACGUUACUUUCUACUAGAAAACCGUCGCGCAAUGAUGUGAUAGGGCUGACUUUGAUAGGACUAUUACCCCACAAACGCACUCCCUAGCAGGCAAGACAAGGUGACGUGAGCGUAAUACUAUCUAGCGCUCGCUUUUUCGUGUCAUCCCUCUAUCUGCUCAGUGUUGUGUGAGCGUAUAAUUUGACAGAUGUCAACUGUCCAAUAACAAGCACACAGCCAUUAGGGAGUCAUAGAACGAUACACAGUGCAGGUAAAGUUGUAUGAUUUUUUUCUUAUGUAAGUGUAUAAAAAAUGUCAGAAGUAGAUACCUGGAUUUCUGGCCAUGUAUUUUUCAUCCUGUAUUAAAUAUUGGUGGUUUAUCCUGUUUUUACGCCAGACCAAUUUUGUGAAUCUUGUAUUAGAAAUAAUUAUAAGUUAGAUCACUUGAAGAGUCACUUUGUGCGAAAGUCUAUUCCAAUUUAAACUUUAAAAUCAGAAUGCUAAAGUUGAAAUUCUAUUAACACAGCGCAUAUACGUGGUCAAAAAUCGUAACAAACGAGCUGUUCUUUAUUUAAAUACUUUUUAUAGGAGAAUUUUCUAUAUGUACAUAUUGUGACUGUUUAUUGAUCUCAAAUCUUAAUGAUAUUAAAUUAUUAAAAAAAUAAAACAUGUUUUAUUCAGAUAGGUACUAAGGGA